UACUUAAUGGAAAGUGAGCACUCUCCCAUUCGCCAUUCCCACUCAAGCAUAAAAGCUAAAAGCCCAACAAGGGCACAACCAUCGGGCCACGACGCCAUUGGCGCAUUCUCGAAUCGAACCCGCUGCUGUGUGUAAUCCCACUACCAUCCUCUCAACUCUGAAGACUCUAUAAUCUUUUCUUUUGCCUGCUGGCUGCUGACAUUCGGCUUCGGUUGCGCUCUACUUUCCCCCUUUCUGUUUACUUCCUCUGAUUUCUUCCAUGGCUACUCAAACCUCGGUCAUCGCCUGGGGCUCGGGCGAAGACGGGCAACUGGGGAUAGGCAGCAAUGAAGAGAGGGAAUGGGUUUGCAUAGUCAAAGCACUCGAGCCCUAUAAAGUUCGCUCUGUUGUUGCUGGCAGUCGCAACUCUCUCGCCAUUUGUGAUGAUGGCAAGUUGUUUACAUGGGGUUGGAACCAGAGAGGAACGCUGGGCCACCCACCUGAGACAAAGACUGAAAACGUGCCUAGCCAGGUUAAGGCCCUUGUCAAUGUCAAUAUUGUGCAGGCGGCUAUUGGUGGAUGGCAUUGCUUGGCUGUUGAUGAUCAGGGACGUACUUAUGCUUGGGGUGGGAAUGAGUAUGGGCAAUGCGGUGAAGAGCCUGAGCGGAAUGAUGAAACUGGGAGACUACUUAGGAGGGAUAUAAUGAUUCCUCAACGUUGUGCUCCAAAGCUUGUUGUUCGUCAGGUAGCAGCUGGAGGUACACAUUCCGUGGUGCUUACACGUGAAGGUCAUGUAUGGACAUGGGGCCAACCAUGGCCUCCUGGAGACAUAAAACAAAUCUCUGUUCCUGUACGUGUCCAAGGGCUUGAUAAAGUGAGGCUUAUUGCAGUCGGAGCAUUCCAUAAUUUAGCGCUUAAAGAAGAUGGAACACUGUGGGCAUGGGGCAAUAAUGAAUAUGGGCAACUUGGGACUGGUGAUACCCAGCCAAGAUCACAGCCUAUUCUUGUCCAAGGCCUAUCUGGUCUCAAUUUGGUUGAUAUCGCUGCUGGCGGAUGGCAUUCUACUGCAUUAACUCAGGAUGGAGAGGUGUAUGGUUGGGGAAGGGGUGAACAUGGAAGACUGGGUUUCGGGGACAACGACAAGAGCAGUAAAAUGGUACCACAAAAGGUUAAUCUUUUGACAGGGGAGGACAUAGUUCAGGUAUCAUGCGGUGGGACGCACUCAGUAGCAAUGACACGAGAUGGACGGAUAUUCUCGUUUGGGAGAGGGGACCAUGGCAGACUGGGACGCGGGAGGAAGGCUACAACUGGGCACCCGAUUGAAGUACCAAUCAACAUCCCGCCUCCAACUGCCAUUCCGAGUGUGAAAGAAGGAGAAGAUGAAGGUGAAGGGAAAUGGAGGGCAAAGCUUGUUGGUUGCGGGGGUAGACACACAUUGGCCAUUGUAGAAUGGAGCAGCACAUGAGCAAAACUCUAACUGGAUUCUCUCUGCAAAAGUUUUAUGUAGGCAAGUGACAAUAAGGGUGGUGAACCCAACUCACCUAUCCACCCUGGAAAACACCAUGAACUCGGGGUUCCUUAUGAGUUAUUAUAUAUAUAAACUUACCCUGUUUGUGGGGUUGUGAUGAUGAUGCUAUGGUAUAUGGGUAUAUUUGUGGGUCAAGUUCCUGUUUACAGUGUUUGGGAUGUGAAUGUGUAACCAUUGGUUCAUGGUUCAUAUUAGUCUGCUUCAACUGGAGAAGAUGGAAUAUUUCAGGCAGGGUUCAGAGUGAAUGUAAUGCAAAAAAUACAUAAAUCUGUGUCUCUGAGGCAGAACUGGUGCAGGCUUUGACGCGGAGGAGCACUGGAGAUUGGUUCUCUGUUUCUGUCUGCCGGUGGCUUUAUUAUUUCUUCUGAAUACUCGAUGGAA